UCAAGAGCAAGCUGCUUGAGGUUUGUCUUUCCGAUAAUAAAGCGGCUUGUUUGCGCUGUUUGAUUCAUUUCGUUUUUCCUGCGUUUCGAGUGUUUAUUUUGUUAAUUUAUCUAUAAAUUCAUCAUUAAGCAUGUCGGACACACCGAGUUCACCAGCACCGAAUGUUCCGUCGGACAUCGAUCGGCGCAACAUUCGAGCAGGCAUGACCUCACCGGUCGGUGAUUUCGAGCCGUUCGAAAAUGAAGAAGAAAUCCUCGGCGACACCACCGUACGGGAGGAUCAGUACGAAGAAGAGGAGGAGGAUGGCGAGGAGCUGUUCGGGGAUAACAUGGAGGCGGACUAUCGACCCGUCCCACACCUCGAUCGGUACGAGAUGGACGAGCUGGACACGGAGGAGUACAGCGAAAUCUCGCAAACCGAUCGUGCUGCGGCCGAAGCGGAAAUGCGCCGUCGCGAUCGUGAAGCCGGUGUGCACCGCGACCAUCGCGAUCUGUUCUAUGACAAAAGCGACGAUGAAGAUGACAUUCCAAGGGCUAAGCGCCGAGCGGCUGAGAAGGCGGCCGAGAUGGGUGCGGGCACCGAGACGGAGAUGGACACGGAAAUGGUGGAGUCGAUCGAAAACCUCGACGACACCAAGGGACACAGCAUCAAGGAGUGGGUCUCGAUGUUGGCUCCGCGAACGGAAAUUUCCAACCGUUUCAAUAGCUUUCUGCGUACUUUCGUGGACGAGAAGGGACACUACGUUUACCGUGAUCGCAUCCGACGGAUGUGUGAGCAGAACAACUCGAGCUUUGUCGUAUCGUACCCGGAUCUUGCGUACAACCAGCACGCGCUGGCGUACUUCCUGCCAGAGGCACCCUUCCAGAUGCUCGAAAUUAUGGAUAAAGUCGCAAAGGAGAUGGUGCUGAGCAUCUAUCCGACUUACGAACGAGUUACGAAUGAGAUUCACGUGCGCAUUUCCGAUCUUCCGCUGGUGGAGGAAUUGCGCACGUUCCGCAAACUGCACCUGAACCAACUUGUGCGCACGCUAGGUGUUGUCACCGCAACCACCGGUGUGCUGCCCCAGCUUUCGGUCAUUAAGUAUGACUGCGUCAAAUGUGGCUACGUGUUGGGACCGUUCGUGCAAAGUCAGAACACGGAAGUCAAACCCGGCUCCUGUCCGGAGUGUCAGAGUGUCGGCCCCUUCUCGAUCAAUAUGGAGCAAACGUUGUACCGGAACUAUCAGAAGAUUACGCUUCAGGAAUCGCCGGGCCGCAUUCCGGCUGGUCGGAUUCCACGCAGCAAGGAUUGUGUCCUUCUGGCCGACCUCUGCGAUCAGUGCAAACCUGGCGAUGAGAUUGAAGUGACCGGAAUCUACACAAACAACUACGACGGAUCGUUGAACACCGAGCAGGGCUUCCCGGUGUUUGCAACGGUCCUGAUCGCCAAUCAUCUCGUCGUGAAGGACAGCAAGCAAGUCGUGGCAUCGCUGACCGACGAGGACAUCUCCACCAUCCAGCGGCUAAGCAAGGAUCCACGCAUUAGCGAGCGUAUCGUGCAGAGUAUGGCACCGUCGAUCUACGGGCACGACUACAUCAAGCGGGGCUUGGCCCUGUGUCUGUUCGGGGGAGAAUCGAAGAAUCCGGGCGAUAAGCAUAAGAUCCGCGGAGACAUCAACAUUCUGCUGUGCGGUGAUCCUGGCACGGCGAAAUCGCAAUUCCUAAAGUACACGGAAAAGAUAGCCCCGCGCGCUGUCUUCACUACCGGCCAGGGUGCAUCGGCCGUCGGUUUGACGGCUUACGUACGCCGCAAUCCAACCACGCGCGAAUGGACACUGGAAGCCGGCGCACUGGUACUGGCAGACUUGGGUAUUUGUUUGAUCGACGAAUUCGACAAGAUGAACGAUCAGGAUCGUACCUCCAUUCACGAAGCGAUGGAACAGCAGUCGAUUUCGAUUUCGAAGGCAGGUAUCGUGACGUCCCUGCAGGCUCGUUGUGCCGUCAUUGCGGCGGCCAACCCAAUCGGAGGACGCUAUGAUCCGAGCAUGACGUUCUCGGAAAACGUUAACCUUUCCGAGCCAAUCUUGUCCCGUUUCGAUGUACUUUGUGUGGUGAAGGACGAGUGUGAUCCGAUGCAGGAUCAACACUUGGCACGGUUUGUUGUAGGUUCUCACAUCAAACAUCACCCGUCGAUGGUGGACGUGGUGCCCGACUCGCAGCAAACACAGGACACUAUGCAUAUACCGCAGGAUCUGCUGAAGAAGUACAUCGUGUACGCGAAGGAGAACGUACACCCGAAGCUAUCGAACAUGGAUCAGGACAAGAUAGCCAACAUGUACUCGCAGCUACGGCAGGAGUCCCUCUCGACCGGAUCGCUCCCCAUCACCGUGCGUCACAUCGAAAGUGUGAUCCGAAUGUCGGAGGCACACGCUAGGAUGCAUCUGCGAGACACCGUGCAGGAUGUGGACGUCAAUAUGGCCAUCCGCAUGAUGCUGGAGAGCUUUAUCGAGGCGCAAAAGUUCAGCGUGAUGAAAAAGAUGCGCUCCACCUUCCAGAAGUACCUGUCGUUCCAGCGCGAUCACUCCGAGCUGUUGUUCUUCAUACUGCGCCAACUUACGCUCGACCAGCUGGCUUACAUGCGCUGCCGCGACGGUCCACGUGCGACACACGUCGAGGUGAUGGAAAAGGACCUUGCUGAACGGGCUAAGGCAAUCGAAAUCUUCAAUCUGAAACCGUUCAUAGACAGCGAGCUAUUCCGGCGGAACGGAUUCACGUACGAUGCCAAGCGCAAGGUAAUCGUGCAAAUCGUUCCGGAAGCGGCCGAAGCGUAGUGUUGUUCCCAGGCUAUUUUACUAUCUUAUUACACAGUUCUUUUUUCCACAUAGCCGCUAAUGUUUAUUUACGUUUAUGAUUAUUUUUACACGAUUCUCAUUUUACGAUUUUUGUACAAGACGAUAAGGAAUACUUUAUGAAUAAAUGUGUGUGUUGUCUUCAAUUUUGAGGAUUAAAUAGUU